AUGAGCUCCCAACAUGACGUCGAUGCCCUUCCAUCAUUGGCCGAGAGCAUUCGUGUCGAGCUUCAGGAGAAGUUGUCGAGCAAGGCGCGAAUCCACCUGCCAUUCGAUCCAGACAGAACAGACUUUGAUAAUGCCAAUCUGCGCUUCACACAGUAUGAGCGACCAACGUACCUUGCUGUCGUCGACCCAGCCUGCGAGCAGGACGUAGUCGAGGUCGUCAAGUAUGCGCGCAAAAGGGGCAUUCCAUUCACGCCCCGUGGCGGCCACCAUGCUGUCACAAGCACCAUGAGACGCUUCCAAAAUGGAAUUUGCAUCAACAUGCGCCCACUCAACCAAUUGCGAUGGAACCCCGAAAAACAACAGGUGACCGCUGGCGGUGGGGUGAUAACGGAUGAGUUUGUGCGCUUUGUGCACGACACGGGCAUGGAAGUUAGCAAGUACGGCUUUUUGCACGAUAAUAUGGUUUCUUGCAAACUCGUCCUCGCGAACGGAAGCGUAGUGAUUGCUUCCGCAGACUCACAUUGUGAUCUGUUCUGGGGCAUUCGCGGAGCAGGUCACAACUUUGGCAUCGCACUGGAAGCCACGUUCCAGGUUUAUCCGCAGGCACAUGGAGGCAUCCAUCAUACCUGGGACUUCGAAUACACGUUGAAUCAGUGUGACGAGGUUUUCAAUACCCUGAAUAGUGUACAUGAAUCCAUGCCAGCUAAUCUGGCAAUCUUUGUUUUAUGGAUUCGCGAGAGCGGCGGACGAAAGCAUGUAAUUCUAAUCAAUCUGGUCUGGUCUGGUCCAGCUGUGGGUGCUCAGCCCUUUGUAGAGCGCUUCGACUCUCUAGGUCCAGUCCUGAGUACUGGACGGAAGUCGGUGCCAUGGCCGGAGCUGCCGUACACCACAUACAAAGAGAUGAACAAGCUUUACUGCAAGCCUGAGAUCUGGAGCAAAGCUCCUUACAAGAUGAUGGGCGCCGCUUGCGUCGAAAGGUUUGAUAUUCAGACUACGCGUGAGUUUUUCGAGAGCGUCAAGGCUAUGAGUGAAGAAUGGGAGGGCCGCGGCUGGUUCAGCGCCAUGUUUGAAUGUCUUCCCGACCAUCGUGUGCGUGAGAUACCUGAAGAUGCAACAGCGUUCCCAUGGCGUGGAGGAUCAAAUCAUUUCCUUAUGAUAAAUGCUACACCUAAGCGGUUGGAGGACCGAAGAUUCUUCGAGGGUCAUAUUGACUACUGGAAACAACGGUUCAUAGCAACGUCUGGCUAUGGUCGUUUGCAACAGUACGUGAGUUAUGGUAACACCACGUCGACUAUGAAAGAUCCGCUCGAGGCAUUAUACGGCUAUACGCCGUGGAGACUUGAAAAACUCCGACUCCUCAAGCAAAGAUAUGAUCCUGAUAACGUAUUUCAAUGGUACCAGCCAAUCAUUGAGACAUGA